CCCAAAAUUUUCUUACAAAAUUCAACUAACAUCGUUUAGUCUAGACAAGUUAGAUCUAGAUCUACUAGUUAAGUUAAUCCUAGAUUUAAAAAAAAAAUAGAUUAGAUCUCUCUAGUUAACUCUAGUAAACUAGUAUCUAUACGAAUGGGAAACGCAUUUACUGGUUUUGCGCAACCUAAGAAAGCAAAAAGAAAAUUGUUAAUAGACGAAGAAGAUAUUCUUGAAGAAAACAACGAAAGUGGUUUAGAAAAAUGCAAUUGUAUGAGACUAGAAGAAGAGAAUGGUCCCAGCUCAAAGCCCAAUUUCAUCCCUGUCAAUGAGUUUACUGAAGCGGAUUUGCCUGGGCCCAUCCGGAACAGCUCUGUGACAGAAUACAUCAGACAGCAGGAGAAGCUUGUUGUUCAUCUGUAUGUCCAGAGGGACAAACCUGAUGGGAAACCAAAGGGGAAUUCUGGGACAGGUUUUGUGUGGACCUGUAAGGAUAACAUGGAAGUCUUUGAUGUUUGCCCGGCUGAAAAAUGCCGGGAUAAGUAUCCGCACAAAGGAUAUGGCGGGCUGCUUGUUUACACUAAUCACCAUGUUGUGAGGGAUGACAAGGAGGCAGCCACGUGUGAAGUAACGUUUUUUUAUAACUCUGGUUCUUUUAUUGUCGUGGAAGAUUUCAGCUGUACUCCUGUGUCUGAGCAUGUUCCAACGGAGAACUUAACUGGUUCUUUGUCUAGCAAAAACUGCAGUUCUGCGCCUGAUUCGAAAAUAUUAAACACCGUUGAGAAACCUGCAAAUACACUCGGAACAAAACCUGUCAGGGCUUAUGGCCUGAAUUUAAGGGAAUGUGAGGAAAACAAAGAUCUGGUAGGUUUGAAAAUAAUUUACCAUGACCCUGAACUAUUUGACAUGGUGCGGGGUGCCAGCAAAACAAAUUUGUUGUCGAAGAUCCCGAACCAGAUCAAGGUAAACUGGAAAAAAUUUGCCAUUGUUAUAUCACACCCACACGGAGGGUCAAAGGUCAUAAGUGUCGGAGAUCUUGUUGCUUUGGAGGAAGAAGAUGAUGGCGUUGACAGACCUCGCAGAACAACAAAAUACACAGCCUCCACAUGUAAUGGCAGCUCAGGUGCACCUGUGUUUACUGGUAGCUACUCAUAUAGGCCAUUCACGCACCGAGGGAAAUAUAAAGGGUACAACGUAUCCUUCUCAUUCUAGGUCUGUGUUUACUGGUAGCUACUCAUAUAGGCAUUCAUGCACCGAGGGAAAUAUAAAGGUACAACGUAUCCUUCUCAUUCUAGGUCUGUGUUUACUGGUAGCUACUCGUAUAGGCCAUUCACGCACCGAGGGAAAUAUAAAGGGUACAACGUAUCCUUCUUAUUCUAGGUCUGUGUUAACUGGUAGCUACUCGUAUAGGCCAUUCACGCACCGAGGGAAAUAUAAAGGGUACAACGUAUCCUUCUCACUUUAGGUCUGUGCUUUACUGUGCAGUGAGAUAGUCAGUUUGAUCAUAGGAACUACUUAUGAACUUGUUACAGACUUUGUUGUUAGUCAGUUAAUUUAUAAAUAUGAAAACUGUUCUAAGGGAAACUUAUGUAACAUUUGUUACUCACUACAGCAUAAAUGAAGUUAAAUUGACUAUCCUUAGUGGGUAUUUGAAUUCAGCAUUGUGUCUGUUACUGCCUAACCAACCAAGCUUUAUUCUUAUCCUUGUUUUAAACAUAAUGACUAAAGUCAAUUCAAUAUGUCUCUGUGUAUCAGGCUAAACAGAAAAGAGUUUCUGUUAAUUUUUGUUAAAAUUCUCUUUUCCCGGGCAUACCCAAUACUCAUGAUAGUCUUGAACUUUGCAUGAACUCUGAGUUAUAGGUUAACCAGCACAACUGGUAGUACUGGACCACAUUUCUUACAUACUAAUAUGUGAUGUUUUUGUUAGUUAAUUGUUUUUGUAA